CUCGCUUCCAACCCCAGGAUGUCACCCAAGAAAGUAGCAAUAAUCGGCGCCGGUCCCUCGGGCCUAGUCACUGCCAAAACCCUGCUUCAUAAUUUCCCGCCCGGGACAUUCUCUCCAAUAAUCUUCGACUGUCAGGACAAAGUCGGAGGUCUGUGGUCAAGUCACCAUCAUUCUCCCAAUCAGGUGAAUGCACCCGUUGUUACACUAGACCCUCGAAUGCGCACCAACCUCAGCUGCUUCACGGUUGCGUUUUCGGAUUUAUCCUGGGAGUCUGUGAUACCUGAUGCGGAUGUUCCUGUUUUUCCUCAGGCGAGACAGGUUGGAGACUAUUUGGCCUGUUAUGCGGAGCGGUAUAUCCCAACCCAUGUGCUUCGGCUAGGGUGUAGAGUAGUAAACACUAUACGGAGGGUUGAGAAUAGAGGUGAUCCGAAGUGGAAUGUUCAAUGGGUUCAGGAAAGCACGAAGCAAGCUCAGUCAGAAUAUGGAUUACCGGAUGAUGGAGUAUCUUCGGAAGAUGUUGACCUGAUCGUCAUCGCCUCUGGAUACUUUGCCCAGCAGUAUGUUCCGGAUAUACCAGGUCUUAAGCAAUUCCAAAGUCAAGGCCAAAUCAUCCACAGUUCUUCCCUCCAUUAUGAGCGAGAGCAACCAUUUUUUAAUGAAACCAAAGACGUGAAUGCCAUGUACGACUUGGGCCGCCGACCCCCGGGUCCAAUAGACUACGCCUUGGGGCCGAUCCCGGAAGAAAAAGCAGUCAAAACAAAUAUUUACUUCCACUCAUUGCUCGGGAGUGACUACGAGAAAUACGCGCACAUGGAUUCACCACAUGGCGCCGAAGAAUCCAGAACCCAGCCACCAUGGGUCGCCAUAGGGAAUGAUUACGCCGAGUUCGUCCGAUGCGGAGCGAUUCAGACCUCGAUGGGCCGGGUAACUUCUGUGAAUUCUAAUGCAGAUACCAAGAAAGCCUCAGUUCAGUACGAAGGGCCCGAUGGGGUCACCAAGACGAUAGAAAAUGUGACGACGAUAGUCAUGGCCACUGGGUUCACGCCGUACAAGUCCUUGUCAUUGCUACCAGACGAAGUAUUGAGAACCCUUGAAUACUCCAAAACGGAUCCCUUCACACCGUUGAUUCUCGACAAGGGAGGCAGCGUCCGCUCAGAAAUCCCCGAUCUGGGAUUCGUCGGAUUCUACCGUGGCCCGUACUGGGGUGUGAUGGAAAUGCAAGCGAGGUUCCUUGGGAAAAUGUGGAGUGAGAACAACGGUUCGCUUUGUGAAACAGACGACCAGAAGCAAAGUCUUCGCAGUCUCAGAUUAGCACAUCCGGAUCUAGCCCGUGGUCAGUUCCCCAUGGGCGACUAUGUCGGAUUGAUGGAGUCGUUCGGGAAGGAUCUAGAUAUUAGCCGCUCGGCACUGGAAUCAGGCAAUGGUCGGUCUGGGCCCGCUGUUCCUGCGAGGUAUACUUUUAGCAAUACAGAAACGCCAAGUACAGAGAGUGAGGUGGAAAAGACAAUGGGUUCUUUGCGCGACGCUCUUAUUCCUGGGCAUGAGACAGCACAGAAGGCCGCGGCGUCAGCUAUCUUUCGGGCUCUGCAUGGGACUUGGAAAUCUUCACAGAAAGCAGGGACUACUAGAUGUGACGCAUCUGGGACUCUGGCCUUUUAUCCGCGGUACCCAACUAGCACGGCAUAUGACAGGGAGUAUGUCUGUGUGGAGACAGAUGUGGGCUCGACCGGGCGGGAACAACCUUUGCAAAACAAUGUGCGGUUCAUCAUGCGCUUGGCAGAGGUGAAAUUCGAACUUGCCACUUCCCGAAUCGAGAUAUGGUCAUCAAACUUGGCAGAUAGGCUGUCAACUGAUCGACUUAUCCAGGUUUGGGAGCUGACGCCUCUAUCUCAGGAGAAGAAGGAGGAGGAGGGAGGGCCUAUUCCUGGGGAAUAUGUGAUAUCCGCGAAGAGUGUUGAUUCGGAUUCUGGAGUCGAAUAUUUGUAUACGUUCCAUUUCAAGGGGGUUUCCAUCAUAUCCUGGGAAUGCGUUGAAACGGACACUCUGGAAGAUAAGGGGGAGUUGGUUUCUUAUUUCUACACAAGAGACUAA